CAUACCGUGAACUGAAUUAUUGGAAAUGGACAAAGUCCUCUUCGAUCCGAGAAUUUGUUGCUGAUACGUCUCUCUCUCUCUCUCCCCUCAUUCCUGCUCUCUACUCCCUUAUAAUUUCCAUAACACACUCUUUCUCCUAGCUAUCUCCAUCCUAUUCGAGACUGAGAUGAGUUUCGCAAAGAAAGAGUACGAGUUUCUGAAGGAAAUCGGGCUCGGCCCUAAGAAUCCGGGUUGUUACGUGAAUGGCCAGUGGAAGGGAACUGGUCCAGUGAUCUCCACUGUGAAUCCUGCUAACAAUCAGACAAUUGCUGAAGUUUUGGAAGCUUCCACCCAAGAUUAUGAGGAAGGCAUGAAGGCUUGCUCUGAAGCUUCAAAGAUAUGGAUGCAAACUCCUGCACCAAAGAGAGGUGAGAUUGUUAGACAGAUUGGUGAUGCUCUCAGAUCCAAACUCGAGCAUCUUGGUCGACUUGUGUCUCUUGAGAUGGGAAAAAUACUUCCUGAAGGAAUAGGAGAGGUUCAGGAAGUUAUCGAUAUGUGUGACUUUGCUGUGGGUUUAAGUCGGCAACUAAAUGGAUCAAUCAUACCUUCAGAACGUCCAAAUCACAUGAUGUUAGAGAUGUGGAAUCCUCUUGGAAUUGUUGGUGUAAUUACGGCUUUCAACUUCCCAUCUGCUGUUCUUGGAUGGAAUGCUUGCAUUGCUCUUGUCUGCGGCAAUUGUGUUGUUUGGAAGGGUGCUCCAACUACGCCCUUGGUUACCAUAGCAAUGACGAAGUUAGUGGCCGAGGUUCUGGAGAAGAACAAUUUUCCAGGUGCUAUCUUUACCUCCUUGUGUGGUGGUGCUGAAAUUGGUCAAGCUAUUGCAAAAGAUACUCGCAUAUCUCUGGUUUCAUUCACUGGUAGUUCAAAGGUGGGUCAAAUGGUUCGACAAACAGUGAGCGAGAGAUAUGGUAAAUGCUUGCUCGAAUUAAGUGGAAACAAUGCUAUAAUUGUCAUGGAUGAUGCCGACAUCCAACUUGCUACCCGCUCUGUUUUGUUUGCUGCUGUUGGAACAGCAGGUCAGCGCUGCACAACAUGCCGUAGACUGAUACUUCAUGAAAGUAUAUAUCAAAAAGUACUUGAUCAGCUACUUGAAGUAUACAAACAAGUUAAAAUUGGGGAUCCUUUAGAGAAAGGUACCUUGCUUGGGCCACUGCAUACUCGUGAUUCAAGAGAGAGGUUUGAGAAGGGAAUAGAGAUCAUCAAGUCUCAGGGAGGAAAGAUCCUUACCGGUGGUUCAGUUAUAGAGUCUGAAGGAAACUUUGUGCAGCCCACAAUAGUUGAGAUUUCACCAACUGCUGAUGUCGUAAAAGAAGAAUUGUUUGGUCCAGUUCUCUAUGUUAUGAAAUUUCAGACUCUUACAGAAGCGAUUGAAAUAAACAACUCAGUACCUCAAGGAUUAAGUAGUUCCAUCUUUACUAGCAAACCUGAGAUCAUUUUCAAAUGGAUAGGGCCUCAAGGAAGUGACACUGGUAUUGUUAAUGUAAACAUACCAACAAAUGGUGCUGAAAUUGGCGGUGCUUUUGGUGGGGAAAAGGCAACAGGUGGUGGCCGUGAAGCAGGAAGCGACUCUUGGAAACAGUACAUGAGACGCGCAACUUGUACAAUCAAUUAUGGAAGUGAAUUACCGCUGGCACAAGGAAUCAACUUUGGCUAGGCGAUCACUAAAGCUAUGUCGUAUCUUUUGGUUAAUUUCUGUGGUUGCAUGUAGCAAAAUCAAAAUUUCCUGCUUAGGUGGUUUGGGGAUUUCGUAUGUCAGGCUGGUUCUGGUUGUAGUAUCCUGCAAUUAAAUAAAAAAGGAAACACUGAAUAAAUAAAAUUCACAUCUUUGUUUUGUUUUUUGCA